CAGAAAAAAUGUUAAAAUUGUAACGUUUCCAGAAAAAUUGGAUGAGACUUAAAACAAAGCUCGAAUUUUCCGGCAAAUUAAAUUCCCCUACUCCGGCCAUGGGCGCGGGCAGAGCUCUCAUUGGGGCGACGCCUGUUUCAGCCUGCGCUACGGGUCGGGCGUCGAGGUGCCGCGGCCGCACCGCUAUCACCGGAUGCUGUGCAGGGCGGGCGGGGACGCGCAGCACCACAACGACAGGCUGUGCGAGGUACGUACGGGCCUACGGGACGCGCGCGCCUGCCAAAUACUCGAGAUUAUGUCGGUCGCGCGGGUGACGUCAAACAACACGCUGACUUGGCCGAGUGGCGGCGCAGCUGUUCAGCCGGUGCGUGGGGUGGAUGCGGGAGCUGGGCGAGGACCCCGGCCAGGACAAGGACCUGCAGCCGCACCGCCUGUGCCAGCCGCUCACCCUGGAGCGGGACGAGGGCGCGCGGCUCGCCGUCGACGUGCAUGAGAUGCCUACGGUGCCGCACGAGACGGCGCUGCGCGCGUACGCGCUGCACCGGUCGGAGCGCGAGGCCGCGCACCGGACGCUGCGCCGCGACGCCCGCGCCGCGGACCGGCCGCCCGCCCGGGCCGCGCACCGCAACGUCGCCUUCCUGCGCUGCGUGCCGCGCGGCGACCCGGCCCGCUACAAGGCGCCGCCCGCCGCCGGCAUGCUGGUCGUCAAGCAGCCCGCCGAGCUCGUCAGCUUCGACAAGGUGUGGCGGCCGCACGUCCUCUCCCUCAGGAUAACCAAGAAGUUCUGCCAGUUCCUGGAGGCGGAGCACCCGCUGGUGCCGCGGCCGGAGGCCCUGGUGCGCGCGGGGCUGCUCCAGGCGCAGGACGCCGGCAUGCUGCCGCCGGCGCCCCCGCUGCCCAGGAGGGCCCACCGGCCACCGCCACCGCCACGAGUCCCCGUCACCGACCAAUAGGCCCAUUGGUCAUCCGGCUCCGAAAGGGACGCGAAUUAUUUUUGUUGACAUUCGCUACCCUCCGCCUGCAUGACGGGGAGAUUUUGACUGGCUUUGACGGGACAACAGCACUGUUGUCGACUUUCUACAGAGCAUUUGUAAAGCCC